AUGACCGAGCUCACCCUCCUCGCGGGUCUGCUCCUCAUGCUGACAGCUGAGAUAAGUUCUGCCUACCGGCUGACAUUCUACUUCACCAGCUGGGCCGAGUACCAACCUGGCCUGGGACGCUUCAAGCCUGAUGACAUCAACCACCUCUGUCCUCCCCUGAUCUCUGCCUUUGCUGGGAUGGGCAACGACGAGGUCACCACCACUGACAGAAUGGAUGACGUGACCCUCUACCACACUUUCAGUGGCCUGAAAAACAAGAAAGGACUGAACAGUCAACUGAAAACUCUCCUAGCUAUUGGUGGCUGGAAACUUGGAGCUGUUCCUUUCACUGCUCUGGCUUCCACGCCUGAGAGCCGCCAGACUUUCAUUGCCUCAGUCAUCAAAUUCCUGCACCAGUAUGAGUUCGACGGGCUGGACUUUGACCAGGAGUACCCUGGCUCUCAUGGGAGCACUCCUCAGGACAAGCACCUCUUCUCUGUCCUGGUGCAGGAAAUAUGUGAAGGUUUUGAGCAGAAUGCCAAACAGGUUGACAAGCCCAGGCUGAUGGUCACCACUGCAGUAGCUGCUGGCAUCUCCAACAUCCAGUCUGGCUAUGAGAUUCCCCACCUGUCUCAGUACCUGGACUACAUCCAUGUCAUGACCUAUGACCUGCAUGGCUCCUGGGAGGGCUACACUGGAGAGAACAGCCCCUUCUACAAAAACCCAACUGACACUGGCAGCACUGCCCACCUCCAUGUGAUCUGUACCUUCCUGAAGUACGGAGCUACUGAAGCGUGGGAGGCUUCUGAGGAUGUUCCUUAUGCUUACAGAGGCAAUGAGGGGCUUGGCUAUGAUGACACCAGGAGCUUCAAAAUCAAGGUAGACUGUCUGAAGAAGAACAACUUUGGAGGUGCCAUGGUCUGGGCCAUUGAUUCGGAUGACUAUGGCACUUUCUGUAACCAGGGCAAACUCCCCCUGAUUACCACCCUGAAGGAUGCCCCGGGUCUGCAGAGCACCAGUUGCUCUGCCCCUGCUCAGCCCAUUGCACCAAUAACUUCUCCUCCCGGUAGUGGGAGCGGAAGCAAGUGGAAGUGUGAAGUGACGGGGACUGGGAGCAGCAGCUCUGGUGGCAGUUCUGGGGGCAAUGGGUUCUGGGCCGGCAAAGCCAGUGGCCUCUACCCUGUGGCAAACAACAGAAAUGCCUUCUGGCACUGCCCGAAUAGACUCACGUACCAGCAGAACUGCCCGGCCGGGCUUGUCUUUGACACCAGCUGUGAUUGCUGCAACUGGGCAUAA